CUCUGGCGUCGCGGUGCGCGAGAGCUUGCGGAGCUUUUCAUUCCGGUGCCGUAGUUCGUCUCGCAAGCUUCGAGGCGCCGUUCGGGCUCGCUUGUGCCGCUCCUUUUCUUGGUCCUCCCUCCUCUCUCUCUCUCUAUCUCUCUCUCACAUACUCAUUCACUCACUCACUCACUCAUUCGCUCACUCGCUCACUCACUCGCUCACUCACUCACUCACUUAUUCACUUACUCACUCAUUCACUCGCUCACUCACUCGCUCACUCACUCACUCACUCACUCACUGACUAACUCUCUCGUUCUCACUCUCGUUGUCUUCGUCUGUCUAUUCACUCGCUGCUCGUUCAUUCAUUCCAUAUACGCUGUUGUAUAUCUCACACGUAUACGCGGAUACUCCAUUUGAUCUAUGCCUAUCUCAUAGGUAUCUUCUUUUUCCCUCUGACGUUCAUCGCGUGUUUCCGUGCGUGAUAUUCGUGCGUGCAAAGAUAUUAGUGCUCUCCUGUGUGUUCUAGCUCGUGUCGUCACGUCUCCGUCACUUUUCUAGAUCGACGAACUCUGUACCGAACUUGUCGAUUUAUGAACGAGGAUUUCUUUCGGAACAUUACGAGAAGACUUGAGAGAUGCCUGUUUUAUGGAUUUUGCAUACAAACGAGAACGGUGAACGUGUAUCAUGAUGAUUAUUAUCUCAUCGUUGGAUGUGUAAAGAUCGAUCUGUGAAUGUUCGCGAGUGUUGUUCCAAUCUCGUUCAGUGCCAUCGUCGUCUUUGUCGUUGUUGGUGGUUGUGGUAGUAGUGAUACUGGUGCUUGUGAUACCGGUCAUAGUGAUGAUGCGAGUUACAGGACGAGACGCGUGAUUUUCAAAUCUCAUGAGUUUAAAAUUAAGAGGACAUCGUUAGCGGAUCUUCGUGAUUAACUGUCAGGUUUUACGGAAUACCUGCUAGAAUCUUGGCAAUAUGACCUUGGGGUAUACCGUAAGCAGUAGUCUGACCUAUGUGGGAAGAUAUGCACAUCCGUAGGCAGAUAUCAGUAGACGUUGAAGGAGUUACUCUCACAGAUACAAUAUCACACACAUUCAAACACAUUUACGUAUAUCCUAGGCGGAUACGUUCGUUGUUAUCAUCGUAGGAGAUGUACGCUUAAGAAGAAUUUCGUGAGUGAGAUUUAUUCAAGAUCGAUCGAUCGGCCAAACGAUGAGACAAGAAAGACGAGUAAGUUAACAAAGAACAUUAUGAAAAACGUUGACAAAUGUGAAAAAUUUUAAUUCGUAAAUAGACUCAUCUAGUGAUUCGUGCUAUGAAUCAAAGGGAAACUCGUGUAGGCGUGAGACUGAAAAAAUCAUUAACAAAGUCCUAUCGAUCAGCAAUUAACGGUGGAAGUCGUUCGGUUCGAAAGAAAAGUGCGAGAACGAAGAUGCUAUCGGUGAAAAUCUCACCAUUACGAGAGUCCAACGGCUGGUAAAUCUUCGAUAGAAGUAGCUGAAGCAGUUAAUUGAACUCGAUGAUCGGCUCGAAUGAGGUGGCAAGGGCAAUGGGUCCUUGUAUCGCUUUUGGCAGGUAAUCGUCGUUGUGCCACGGUGGCUAAAUGAAGAGGGAUCGUUCGGUGGGCCGGUGAUCGAUAGCGGAUACCGCUUGUCGCCGUGCGAGAUUCGAUUCGCGAUGGAACUCCUUCCGCUGUUAUUACUUUGCCUCCUGAUCGCUCAGCCAACCGCCUAUUCCCUUUCGAUCAAGAGUAAGCUCAAUCCGCGGAUCGUGCAAACUCGCUACGGCGAGGUUCAGGGCUUGAUCAGAUCCUUCGAGAACGCAAAGUUCCUCAAACCGAUCGACGUCUACCUUGGAAUACCCUACGCUACACCACCCGUUGGGAGCAACAGAUUCUCUCCAACAAGGGCGCCCAGCCCUUGGGAAGGUGUCAGAUUAUCGGACUCGGUCGGUCCAGUUUGUCCUCAAAAACUUCCAAACAUCUCGAUCGAGCAAGAAGCUCUCGAGCGCAUGCCUAAAGGAAGACUGGAAUAUCUGAGAAGAUUGCUACCUCAUUUGCGAAACCAAAGUGAAGACUGUCUAUAUUUGAACAUCUACGCUCCUGCUAUGGGCAUGACGGAAAGUGGUAGGAGACAUCCGGUUGUCCUCUACAUUCACGGUGAAAGCUACGAGUGGGGAAGCGGAAAUCCUUACGACGGCAGCGUCCUAGCCAGCUAUACCGAGCAAGUGAUCGUGACGAUCAACUACAGACUGGGCGUGCUAGGCUUCCUGAACGCCAACGUGGCGCCUGAAACGAAGGCGAGGGUGGCGAAUUACGGUUUGAUGGAUCAAAUCGCGGCUUUACACUGGGUCCAGCAGCACAUUGCACUUUUUGGCGGUGAUCCCGAAAACGUUAGCCUCAUGGGACAGGGUACAGGAGCUGCCUGCGUUCAUUUUCUUGCUAUCAGUCCGACCGUCAUAAGAGGGCUCUUCAAAAGAGCGAUACUUCUCUCGGGCAGUGCAUUGUCUUCCUGGGCUGUAGUCGAGGAUCCUGUCUUCUAUGCGCUAAAGCUCGCUAGAGCGAUAAAUUGUACGAUUCCCGAGGACCUACUCAAGGACAACGAGUUGAUAGUCGAUUGCCUCAGGGAAAGCAGCCUUGAGGAAUUGAUGCAGAUCGACAUACAACCGCCAACUUUUCUCAGCGCCUUUGGACCGAGCGUAGACGGUGUCGUUAUCAAACCUGAUUUCCAGAAGGACCUUUUGUCCUACCUUGGCCCAGAAUUUCAAGGAUUCGGGCCACUCCCGAAAAAAGCUGAACAUGGAGCACCCAUAACGAGCAACAAUAAAUACGACCUAUUGUUUGGCGUCACGACCAGCGAGGCUCUUUGGAAAUUCGCUGAGAAGGAUGUGCAUCAAGGAUUCGAGGGUGAAAGGAGAGACAGGAUCAUCAGGACUUAUGUCAGAAAUGCUUACAUCUAUCAUCUAACGGAGAUAUUUUAUACGGUCGUCAACGAAUAUUCCGAUUGGGAACGGACGGUACAGCAUCCGGUGAAUACAAAGGACGCCUGUGUCCAGGCACUGAGCGACGCGCAAUUCGUAGCACCGCUCGUUCAAACUGGUGAUCUUUUUACUCUGAGGCACACGAAAAAACCAAAUAAUCCUCACAUCGCACCACCGCCCGAGAUCGAGAAGGAACCAAUGCCAAAAACGUUCUUUUACGUUUUCGAUUAUCAAAUGAAGGACGGCGACUAUCCACAGAAAAUGGGCUCCGUUCACGGUGAGGAGCUACCUUUCGUCUUUGGCGCUGCUUUGGUCGACGGAUUCGCACACUUCCCGAGGAAUUACACGCGAUCUGAGAUGGCACUAUCGGAGAGCAUCAUUCAAUAUUUCGCCAACUUCGCUAGGACCGGAAAUCCAAAUAGCGUUGAUCAUCAUACAAGAAACGACACGCUUUUACCCGCUAGUAGAGAAAAAAGUCGUUUUCGUAGUCUCACGUGGGAUCAAUACGAUCCGGUACAUCAAAAAUAUCUCGAAAUUGGAAUGAGGCCAAAAGUAAAAAAUCAUUAUCGAGCUCAUCAGCUUUCUGUUUGGCUACGACUCGUACCGGAACUUCAUCGUGCUGGAAUGGAAGACGUUGAUUCGAGACACAAUCUUUUCCGAGGACACGCCGAUCCAAGUCUUUAUGAUGGUUUGGUCAGGCCAGAUCCUUUGAGUAGAAUCACCGAAGAAUUUAAAAGAAAGAAUAUAAGCACUGAACCACCUACCACAACCGACUACAGCAUAACCACGUGUGUCAGUCUUAUUCAAAGCACAAAUCUUCAAAAUGUGCACAACGCCAGCACCGAUACUUUGGCGAGUCUCGAUGCAACUGGAUACGCUGCAUAUUCUACGGCAUUAAGCGUAACGAUAGCGAUCGGCUGUAGUCUGCUUAUACUGAACGUCCUCAUAUUUGCUGGUGUCUAUUAUCAGCGAGACAAGACGAGACUCGAGGUCAAGAGCCUCCAGCAGCAACAGAUGUUGAAUCAACAGUGUGGACCGCGCGGUUUCACGGAGUUGAAACAACCACCCUCGUCACAUUCACAUUUUCCUGGUAGUGGUCAAGUUAUCGUUGACGUUGAAAAUGAAAUGCUCAGAAGAAACGUGAUGAAAGGGCCUCCGAACGAGCCUAACACUUUACAAGGCACACACACCCUGCCGCAUCAACAUCAUUAUCAAAAGCAACAUCAGCAACAACACGCUACGCUUCCUCGUGCUUCGGUCAUGCAGGACAUGAACGCGCAAACUCAAGGACCACCGAAUGGAUCCAUACAUCUUACAGUACCACGUGCUCCACCACCACCCCGUGCGAAGAGUCCUCCAGAAAAUCAACCCCUUCUGCAGAGUACAACCGUCUCGAGUCGUGUCUCGCAAGCAACGAUGAGCGAAAUGCGAGUCUGAUGCUUAGACCCCCCUCCAAAGCCGGUCGUCCCGGACGUUCUAACGGCGUCGACCUUGCUCUAAAUCUCCUUGUCUAAUAAAAUUACUAACAAUAUACAACAGUAUAUAAAGACGAGAGGAGAUGGGAGGGGGGAAGAGAGAAACGUCCGAAACUAUUCUAUGUACUUUCAUGCCCUAAACGCUUCGCGUCUUCCUUUUUAAUAUAAAUGGAAGGGGGAAGAAAAAAAAGAAAGAAAGAAGAAAAAGAAAAAAGAAAUAUAACUCGAGUCGCGUUUUCAACGAUCAUAUUUUUGAUCGAUUAAAGAACUAACGAUCCGCGAUAAAUUAUAUAAGCAUCGAUCGAAUUCUCAUCGAUCAUUUACUUAGAUGAUUCGAAGUCCGAAUUUGGCCGAAAUGGAAGAACAAUCAAACUAACAAUUAGCCAAGAUCUUUUCUCUCUGUAAUUAUUAGAUAAAUUAUAUCGGGUGAAUCAAUAAUAUUUCUAAUUUUCUUAUACCUUUCAAUGAUAUCAUUCGGAAGCGACGAUUGAAAUCGAAGUACGGUGUAAUACGUUGUGUAAUAAAUGAAACGUCUUUGAUUAUUUUGUAUUUUAAAGUCGGUAAUGAAAUUAUUGAAUCACCAUGUAUAAUUUAACGUUUACCUAUAUUGAAUAAAGUCUGUUCAAAUGUGUAUACGUGUAUACGCGAAGAUUAUCAAGAUUUAUUCAUGAAACGAGAGAAUUUUUUUAGACGAAAAUUACUUUGUUUAAAAGAAUAUAUAUAUAUAUACACACGUACACACAAAAUAUAUAAAUAAAAUACAUAGAGUUCUGUUAAAACAAAAAAGAAAAAGAAAAAAGAAAGAGAGAAAAUAAUAAUAAUAAUAAUAAUAAUACAAGAAUAAAAAUAAAUAAAAUUUAAAUCCGUCACAUCGCAUAUUUCCCUCGAGAAAUCGAGAACACUGUUUUCUUUUCAAACAAUUCUUUCGUAUUUUGAAUAACUUAAGAAAUAAAAUAUGUAUAAAAUACGUGUAUACUCUUUGAAACAGGAUAUAUACCGUGUAGGUAUUAACGAUAAGAAGGAGAGAUGGAUCUUCAAAGAGGCGAACGAACGAUCAAAAGAAUAAGAAUAAGGAUAUGGAAAAGAGAAAGAGAAAGAGAAAGAUAUAAAAAAAAAGACAUAAAUAAAAAAGAAAUAAGUAAAUGAAUAAAAAAUAAAUAAAGAAAUAAAUAAAGAAAUAAAUAAAAAAAGAUUAAGAAAGAGAAAAAAAAAGGUAAACAUGAAGAAGAAGCUCGUGUAUAAAUUACUAAUCCACCACGAUGUUAGAUGUUCCUUGUACAUACAUAACGUAACACUUUAUACCGUAAACCCGCCAAAGUUUGCUACUUUCUAAGAAGAAAAACGUGGAAGAAUAAAAGAGGAAUAAGCGAAGAAGAAAAACUUCGCUAACGCGUAUCGUUUCUUCAUCCGUAUUUUGUUUCUACAUUUAAGAAUGCUCGAACGAGUGCGUAUGCUCGUGUACGCGUGUGGGUGUGCGAGUAACGCUCAAGAUGGACAGAAUAGAAAGAGAGAAAAAGAGAAAGAGAGAAUGUGUGUGCGUGUAUGUGUGUGUGUGUGAGAGAGAGAGAGAGAGAGAGAGAGCGAGAGAGAGAAAGAUGAAGAGAGAGAGCAAAGAGCUUUGUACAUCUACAAUGAUUCUCCUCUUCGUGGCUAUUAGACGAUCCUUCAAAGUCACAAGCGAAAGCUUGUCUACUCGAUUAUUUAUCUCCUAUCGCAAGCACAUCAAUGAUUUAUACUGAAAGUGACACUUUGAAGCGAUGCCUAUGAUUUAUUACAGCGUCCGCACGUUCUACGAGGUACCGCUGUAUUAAGAUUUUAUCUAUUUUAUGCGUACACACCAAUGCCGCAUCCGACUUGACCAUCGAACAAUAUCUUUCUUGUUUUUGAUAACAUGAAAAAAAAAAAAUAUCAAAUUCGAGAUCGAAGUUCUCCCGUUUUCUCUUUUCUUCUCUCUCCCUUUCUUUUUUCUUUUUUUUUUUUUCUUUUUCUUAUCAAUGGGGAAAGUCGGACAAAAAAAAUCGGUGAUUUACAGACGUCACACUGAAAAUAUGAAUUUUAGUAAACAAAGCGUUGGGCCAGUCGAAAAGAAAAAAAAAAGAGAGAGAGAGAAGAGAAAAAGUUACAUCUACUUUUAGAAUACUUUACGUCGUUAACAACAAGAGAGAUUAUUUAUAUUAUACAUUUUUGAAUGGUAAUGGUAACAGUGAGUGAAAGAAACAAUCAAAGAAAUUCAAUCAAAUCUUUUUACUCGUCUCUAAAUAUUUUUUAUGGGAAUUAUUAAUUUCAGAAUUAAUAAUUAUUAUUCGUUAAAUAUUACUUGAGUUGAAAGAAAUAAAAAAUAUGUCGAUGCUCAGUCAUUGAAAAAUGAUCUUAUCUAUCUGUUAUCACGAUGUACAAAGCUGUCUUAAAAAAAUUCGCAUAUUGCAUCGUUGCUAUUGCCGUUGUGAACAUUAUGCAUCGACGUAAGAACGAUUGCUAUAUACACGCAUAUUUAUAUCAUUACGAGGAUUUCAAAGUUUCGAUGUUACUAUAUUUCAUUUUAUAUCGUAACUCUUCAUUCGAUGUAAAUAUGUUUCCUCGUACUUUAAAUACUGCCAUAUUAACCGCUGCCAUAUUUUUAUUCUUUACAAUGUAUUUUAAAAGUAUCGUGAAAAAUUAAUGAGUGUAUAAAGGCGUGGACAUCGAUACCGUCUAUACUAUACAUAGAUAUCACUAAAAUAUUGAUACAUAUCGAUAAGAAUCAAUAUUAUAUUAUAAAGAAAUAAGUUAAUCAAUUGACAAUGUAAUAUUGAAAAGUUAUUUAAUUAUGUAUGAAGUAUAUUUAACGAAAAACAUGAAAUAUGUGUAACAAAGUAUUACUCAUUGAAGAGAUAGUUGUUUUAAUUAUUAUUAUUAUUUAUUAUUAUUAUUUAUUAUUAUUAUUAUUAUUAUUGUUAUUAUUAUUACUAUUAUUACUUAUUAUUACUUCUUAGUUAUUAGUUAUUAAUACUGUAACUUUUCUUAAUGGAUUUUUAUAUAAUUCAUAUUAAAAAAAUUAAUAACCAUCUGAAAAAAGUCGAGCAUAUUCUCUGCACAGUUUUUUCUUUCCUUUUGCCUAUAACAAAAACCGUAAUUAAAAGUAAAUACGAAAAGUAAAAAAGUCAAAAAUAUUGAAACUCAGCAUUGUCGGUAUCGAUAUCGACGCUAAUACAAAUACGUCGUUUUUCGUUGCACUUAUCAUCGAGUACCUAAUAACGAUCGAUGCAAAAUGAGAAUGAAUGAAAGCCGAGCUCGGUCAGUUGUUUCUCUCGCACCGUAUAUGUAUGUACAUGCUAUUCGUGAAUUUUUUGUAAAAAUAUGAUUAUACAUAUAGAAGUAAGAUUAAGGGAUAAUGAUAAAAAUCCGUUACGCGUACUACACUGCCACGACACUGAAAGGGUGAUUUGAGAAAAACGAAAAAUCAAAAGAGAAAAAAAACCAAAAAGAAAAAAGAAAAAAAAAGGAGAAGAGAUUUAAGAAAAGAAGGAAAAGCAAAGGGUUACGAAAACGAGGAUUGCGACUGAUCGAAUGUGUAUGUGAAAAAGGCCGAUAAAAAGCUAUCGAACGUAGACUUACGUAAUAAAAACCGAAUCAAAACUUUUGUACAUAAACUUAUCGACAAAAACCAAAUAGAAGGAAUAAAAGGGGAAUAAAAAAAAAAGAGGAAAAAAAUAAUAAAAAAAAAAAUCAAGACAAAAUCAAAGAAUGUGUUUUGCGUGUUUUUCGAUAAGAUAUAAGAGGGGGGGAAAAAAAAAGAAAUAAACGAGACUUAGCAAUUAAUCAUGCGACUACUUAAGCGAAAUAAUUUGGUCGAUCGAUCGAUCGAUCGAUCGAUCGAUACGUUCGCAAUUCAUUUUCGAGAAUGGAAAAUGGGUAGGAGAAAAGAAAGGCAAAAAGAAUGGAGAGAUAAACAAGAACGAUAUUAUCUCGCUGGACUAACAUUUUGAGGUGUGCGAGCAUGAGUGCGAAUUGCGCGAUAUCAUCAAGUAUGGACAAUCCAACUAUAUUCAAAAAUACAAGUAAAAGAAAGAAGAAAAAAAGAUUUAAAAACGCUGGAUAUAGUAUUCGUUAUAAAAAGAUGCGGAAAGGCAUUACUCGGGAGAGUUUACGAUGUUAAGAAAUUUAAAUAACAUAUAUUAUAUAUAUACAUAUAUAUAUAUAUAUAUAUACAUAUACAUAUGAAUAUAUACAGAAAUGCACACGUGUGCAACUACACAAAUAUUUGCCACAAACGUACACACGAAUACACGCGCGCGCGCGUGUGUACACACACCACACACGCACGCAUACAUACACGUGCACAUAUUACACAUUAUACAAAUUGUAAUGAAUUUAUUAUGACGGAUACAAUUAUAUUUAUGUGACCUUUAGCUGGCCUCGCGCUCUAUUAGAAAGAUACUUCAAAUAAACCUUCCGGUCGAGAGCGAGGCUGCCUGUUACGUUUAAUGUUUUUGUUGUCAAAUUGUAAAUAUAUAAACGAAAUACAUGGAGACAUUAAUUGUACCUUUAA